AUGAACGGCUGCAACACGGAGGGACGGCGACGGAUCAGAACCGUGUUAGUGGGGACGAUAGUGUCACUAGCCACUCAAGAGUCAAACGUUUUUCCAGUCAAGUACUGCCCCAAACCGAGUCAUUGCAUCAAUGUCGAGGAGUAUUUGAUCAGGACCGAGCGAUGGUACGACCAACGCAUCGAUUUGGCGGGACACGCCUCCCAACCGAACAACGAACGAAAUGGAUCCUAAAACUUUGACUGGUGCGCCAUUUGCGGCACUGAGUUUUAGGGACGGAGACGGUAUUGAUUGGCUCUAAAAGAGCAAACGAUAACGAUGGGUCAACCCAUUUUGCCACAGAGCU